AUGUUUCAAAAACAAGCUUCACCCUGGGAAUAUUUACAAGAGGCAACAUUAGUCAGAUGGGUUAAUACAAAACUUAUUGAAGAUACUUUAAGCCCUCAAACACCUACUUCAACCUGCCAAAACAUUUCCCAAACAAUCAACAAUCUAACCAGUGAUUUACAUGAUAGUUUAGUAUUGACUAAGCUUGUCAAUAGAUUAAUUUAUGAAGUUACUUUAAAUCCUGACCAUCCAAUGAAUAAAAAAGGCAAUUUAUAUUAUCUCACACCUAUAUACAAUAAACCAACUUUCAAAUUACAAAAACUAGAAAAUCUCCAGGAUUUACUCAAAUUUCUAAAUAUGAUUCUCAGUAUCAAUGUCACUUCCAUAAGUCCAGAGAACAUUUUUGAUGGUAACCUUAAACUAACAUUGGGCUUGGUUUGGUCUUUAUUUAUAUUCAAUACCUCAAGUGUAUUUCCUGGAACUCCAACUUAUCUGGGCAUCAAAACCACUUUAUUAAAAUGGAUUAAUGGAAUUUUAACUGAUACAUCUAUAAGAAAUUUUAGUAAAGACUGGGCCAAUGAACCAGAAAUAAUUUUAUGUGAGAUAAUAUCUAAUUAUGAUCCCAAUAUACCUCGUGGGAUUAGUUUAUCAAAAUUAUUGGAUUAUCUUGAAGAGUCUAUAGCGUUCCCCAAACUAAUAGAGCCAGAUGAUUUCCAAUAUAAUGACGAAAAAUGUAUGAUUGUGUUUUUGGUCGAGCUAUAUAAAAUUUUUGAAAUUGAAAAAAGUUACAAUAAUGUUACUGUUGAUAAUCGGUUUAGAUUUGAUGAAAUAAUUAAAGCAACAGUUGAAAUGUUCAAGUUAAAAAGUCAAUAUGAGUCAGAUGCGUUGAAACUUUCGAACCAGUUAAACACUUUAAUCAACCAAUUAUCUUUGGAUAUUUCUGAUUUGAAAGAUGAUUUUACCAUGGAUAUAUUGUCUUGUUUACAAUUGUUGGAAGAUUCACUUUUAGAUUCAACAAAACUAUCUCAUUUCCAAAAAAAUUUUGAUUGUUUAAAUAUAAAACUAACUUCAUUAGUCAAUAUAUUACAAAGAUUUCAAAACUUUAGAUUUGAAAUUAAAUCUGACUUGGUAUACCAAAGUUAUCCACAAAUUAUCCAAACCCUUGGCUCAAUUAAAAGCAUGCUAGGGUUAUUUGGUGAUAUUGAUUAUAUUCCUGCUAGCAAGACAUUAAACAUAGAUCCUAUUUCCACUAAAUUAGAACAAUUGAUAACAUUAGAUUCUUUGAUUUUAGCAGAAAUCACUGAAGUUAUCUUAAACACUAAUAGUGAAGAGUUAUUUGCCAAAUUAAAUAAACUCAAACAAGUGAAAACAAAACACAAGUUGGUAAAAGUUGAAUGUGAAACUACAAUUGAAUAUUUCUUAGGGUUUUUCCAUAAAUUAGAAAUGUUUGAAUCUUCUUUGCAAACAACACUCCCCAUGAAAUAUUUUGAAGCUUGUGAUUUACCUGAUUUUAAUAAUAUCACACCAGAAUUAUUUGAUCAAUUUAAAACUGUUAUAUUAAGACACAAUAAUUGCCAUCAUGAUAAACUCUUUAGAGUGUUACAAGAACAAUUGGUUCCUUCCGACUUUUCAAAUACAACUCUUGAAUUUUUCACUAGACUAAUACCUAUAAAGGUUUCCCCAAUAUCUUCGAAUAAUGAUUCUAGUUUCGAUUUAACUUCUUCAACAUCUACUGAUGAAGGUGAUGAUAUUUUUGAUGAGUUGCAACAAAAAUUAGACUUCCAUUUACUGCUCACCAACAAUAAAGUUUAUGAUAUUCAAGAGUUUAUACGAAGAUUUGAGAAUGGGUUUAAAUUAUAA